ACCCACAGAUCUGCUAGCAGCACCUUGCCAUCAUUAUCUUUGAUGAUAACUUUUUGUCAGUAGGCCCGUCAGCAUUGAUAACUUUUAUGGAUAACUGAUGAAAAAUGGCAACUAGUUCAGGAGAGAACAUGGUUGAAAUGCGGGAGGAUGCAUCAGGGUCGUUUUCAGCAGAGACUAUAGAAGAGUCGGCAGAGGGCAGCGAAAACUAUGAUCACUAUUACUGUGAAAAAUGCAAGUACUCCUUCAAGACACAGUGUGAUGUUCAUGGCCCCCCAAUAUUUGCUCUUGACCACAUCACUCCUGUCGGGACACCUCAGAGGCCUCUCCUUACCUUACCGUCCGACCUGGUUGUCGGAUGGUCCAGGGCCAGAAAGGGCUGCCUGGGUGUCUAUAAUAUGGGCACAGUGGUUCCGGUUGGUACACACUUUGGACCGUACGAUGGCGAAGUGGUGUCUGAGGAAGAGGCAUUGCAUAGUGCCUACUCAUGGGUGAUCUGCAAUGGGAAAGGCUCUUGUGUUUUCAUUGAUGCAACGAGGGACACCCGCGCAAACUGGAUGAGAUUUGUGACGUGUUCCCGUAACAGCCAUGAGCAGAAUGUGGUUGCGUAUCAGCAGGGGGGUCGCUUGCUUUUCCGCUGCUGCACCGCCAUCAAGCGAGGCCAGGAGCUGCUGGUGUGGUAUGCAGAUGACUAUGCCAAGGGUCUGGGGCUCACCUGGGACCAGCUAUGGGACUACAAGUGCUCCACAAACACUGAUCCUGGUUUGUCUCAGAUGCUCAGCUGUCCCUACUGCAGAUUCACCUUUCCUGAAAGAACAUACCUGCAGAGACACGUCAUGCGCUCGCAUGCAGAGCAGUACCAGAACUUCAUGGAGACGGCCUUCCACAAGUACGAGGAGGACGAACACCCCGUGAACCCAAACACUCUCUUCCUGGGCCCGGAUGGGCUGCCUAGUGAUCACGGACACAUAUGUUCCCGAUGUGGGAGGAGCUUUGCGCGGGCCUAUCACCUGAAGCGGCACGAGGAGGCCGUCCACUCUCCAGACAAGAUGGUGUCCUGGGCGCGGAGACGGGGACCGAAGAGCCAGAGGAAGGCCUCCAACCCCCGCAGGCACAAGCAGAGCCCUGACAAGGAGGACGGAGAGUGGCUCAUGGAGGAGGGGGAGGGGGAGGAGGAGGACUACGACGAGGGAGAGGAGGCUGAUGGGAAGAGGAUGCAGACUGAGUUGGAGGAGCUCUCCUGCUCCAGGUGCUCCAUAGACUUCAGUACUCCGCAAGAAACGCAGGAGCACAUGGAGCAGCAUCACCCACAGAGCACUGACCCGUCAGACCCAAUGUAUCAACCCCCCACUCGCAAGAGCAGACUGGGUAGACCGGGGCUCGGGUUUGCCUCCCUGAAGAGAGGAAGGGGGCGGCCACGCUCCGCAAAGCGAGUCUCCAUGGUCGUGCCCAAACACAAGCGGCCACGCAAGAUCCUGCAAGACAACGGUGCGCUGCAGCCUCCUGCCGAGGGAGAUGUGUUUUUGAUGAACAGAGGCGAUGUGGUGGUGGUGUCGGUCGACGGCGCCCCCUUGCCGGCAGAAUCCGAGCCCGGCGUUCAAGCGGCAGAAGAGCCCACCACCUGUGGCGGGUGCCAGCGCGCGUUCGGCGACCUGGACUCGCUGCAGUCGCACCUGUGCGCGCCCGACGCCGAGGCCGGCGGCCUGAUGUACAGCUGCGGCGAGUGCCAGUUGCACUUCAACCAGGCGUCCAACCUGCGGCGCCACCAGCGCUCGGUGCACUCCCUGCUCAAGCCCUACUGCUGCUUCCCUUGCGGCAAGUUCUACACGCAGGCCAGCGGGCUGAGCCGCCACCUGGAGGGCCGCCAGCACAAGAGGAACAGGAGCCGCGCCGCCGCCACUGGGGCCCGGGCUGGGACCGUGGUCGGAGCCGUGGUCGGAGCCGGGGCCGUGGUGGGAACCGGGUCUAUGGGUGGAACUGGGGCCGCGAUGGGAACCGGGGCUGUGGUUGGAGCUGAGGCCGUGGGUGGAGCAGCGGUUGGAGCUGAGCCCGUGGUUGGAGACGGGGCCAAAGGGAAAGACAACGGCGAAGGCGACGGCAACGGCGGCGUUGCUGUACCGGAAGUGGCCAACAUCUACUCCUGCAACUACUGCCAGUUCUCCUUCACCGCCUCGCGCUACCUGGUCAAGCACGUCAAGCGCCACCACCCCACCGAGUUCGUCCAGGCCCUGGACGGGGGAAAUAGAGGAGGAGGAGGAGGGAGUGGGUUGGUGGACGGAGACCGGGACGGAGAUGAAGACGGGGAUGGGGAUGACGGGGAUGGCUUCACGCAGAUCUGCCCGCAGUGCGACAAGACCUUCACCAGCAUGAAGCGCUUCAAGUCGCACCGCUGUUUCCGGCACGGCGAGCGCGUCUUCUCCUGCCCCAUCUGCUGCAAGGGCUUCGGCAGCUUCUACGGCCUGCAGCAGCACCAGCGCACCCACACGGGCGAGCGCCCGUACCCGUGCCCGCAGUGCAGCAAGAGCUUCGCCGUGAGCGGCCAGCUGGCCGUGCACCUGCGCACGCACACGGGCGAGCGCCCGUACCUGUGCGCGCAGUGCGGCGAGAGCUUCCGGCAGUCUGGGGACCUGAAGCGUCACGAGCAGAAGCACAUGGGCGUGCGGCCACACCCGUGCCCGCAGUGCAGCAAGAGCUUCAGCCGGCCGCAGAGCCUGCGCGCCCACCUGCAGACGCACAGCGGCCAGCGGCUCUUCCACUGCACGCACUGCAACAAGUCCUUCACGCGAGGCUACCACCUCACGCGGCACUACCACAAGAUGCACUCGGCAUUAAUGUCAUAAGAUGUUCUCGGCAUGACCGCUAUCAUCACGGAACGGAGUAGGUUGAGGCCCGGACAUCCCAUCUAAAUGUCUGGCCCCGGGAGCAGGACGACCAGAUAAAAAAAAGAAACAAAUUCUGCUUCAACCAAGAUUUUUCUGCUCCCUCCUUUUAGUUUUUUGAGGGUUUUUAAACUUUAUUUAGACAGGACAGUGAAGAGUGGGACAGGAAAUGAGUGGGAGAGAGAGACGGGGAAUUAUCCGGAAAUGACCCGGGUCGGGAAUCGAACCCGGGUCGCCCGUGUAGCAGUCCAGUGCCCAGCCGACUAAGCAACGGAUGGGCCUGCUCCCCCUUUAAAAUUGAUUUUUGAUUUUUUUUUACCAGCUCACAUGCGACUACCACAAGUUGCACUGAGAGCCACAAAGCCUUAGCCAUACUGGUACUUCAUCCACCCGUUAUCACAACCACAAGAUGGAUCCUCUUGUAGUGCCAAAAUGGUCUUCACUCUGGGGUAAAACCCAACGCGGCACUACCACAAGAUGGUGGCAGCACACCACUCAUCAUAGACUGACAGAGAACAGCAAUGCCUUAGCUACACUGGUACUGUCUCCACCCACCAUCAACACAUGAAUCGCAAGGUGAACUUGUGACAGUGCGAAAAGGUAGCCAUGUGGGACUACAACUUUUGACAUGCAUAGUUAUCAUUAGCCAUCAUCGCUUCAUGGGACACUCAUGAGUACUGUAGUAGGGGAAAGACUACACACCUGUCCAUUUUACCCCCCCUGGGAGCUGGGAAUCUAGCAACAAAGUAAGACACUUGUCUGUCGCACUCGUCAUAACUUAUAUAUGCGUAGAAUCUUUGUAGUGCCGAGGGUAUGUUUCAGUAGUUCGUAACCAUGGCAAGAACUUAACCAGGAAAGAACUUUCAAAACUGAAUUUGAAGGAAAGCCAUCAAUACCCAGCUACUUGUUGAGAAGAAUGAUUUUACUUUUCAUACGUUUGACUGUGUAUUCAUUUUCAUGAUUAGAGACAGUGAUGCAGAAGGUACACAAGAUGCAGUCCUGCAGGAUCAAUCAAAGUGGGAUACAGUGACCCUCUGCCAGGACCACCGGAUAUGCAUUUAUAAUGAACAAGUUGAUGGCAAUGUCUGUAGCCAUCACAGUGUGAGUCAUUUAGAUUCUGUUAUGCAAAUCUCAGUUACUACAUUAAUUACAUUGCAUACAUUAAUUUGGUUAUAUUUGCACUGUGUACAGUAUUUUUAUUUGUUUCUGUUGUUGAAAGAGGAUUUUUUUUACAUGUGGCUUGAAGGAUGAAGAUUCCGACAAUCACAGGACAGGGCUGUCAACCCUGUAGGAUGUCCUGCAUUGAGCACAGCGGGGGUAUACUAAGAACAUGGUUAAGUGGUAGACCAGGCUCACCUCACCUACGGGAAGUGGUACAUCUGCUAAUAGAUAUACCUGCAGGCCUCAUUUAGUUUAGAAAAUGAGGAGUUCAGGCUCUUCUAUUAGAUGAUUUACCGGUAGGUUAACAUCACCUGCUUUACUACUGAACCAGCUUCUUCGUAUACCCCCAAGGACCUGAAGUGAAUUGACUCUCAAAUUAAUUUCUGAGUAGGAUAUAGAAUUUAAAGUGUUUGCAUGCAUGAUUUCAUUAUGUUACAUUUCAUUGUGUAUAUUCAUUCAUUCAUUCAUUCAUUAUAUUCCCUAUGUUUUCAUUCAUAUGCUUAAUGGAAUUCUUGUUAUCUAGUAAUAAAUUGUGGAAAAAGAAUGCAGA